AUGGGAGAUGGAAGACACAAGGCAGUAACAUACACUGAUUUCUUAGUGGUAGACCAACCUUUUGCCUACAAUAUCAUCUUUGGAAGACCCUUGAUGAGAAAGGCUAAGCGUGUUUUGGCCAUAUUUCUUAGUGGUAGAAUAAUCAGGACAAACAUAAACUUAUUACUUACACUCCAGUUCGGUCACAGGGAUACUGCAGGGCAAGAGAGAUUUAGGAGUCUAAUUCCUAGUUACAUCAGAGAUUCUUCUGUUGCAGUAAUCGUCUAUGAUGUAGCUAAUAGGCAAUCAUAUUUGAAUACUUUUAAGUGGAUGGAGGAGGUACGCACAGAACGAGGGAGUGAUGUUAUUAUUGUACUUGUUGGAAACAAAACUGAUUUGGUUGACAAAAGACAGGUUUCCAUAGAGGAAGGAGAUAACAAGGCCCGUGAAUCUGAGAUCAUGUUUAUAGAAACCAGUGCAAAAGCAGGAUUCAACAUCAAGCCUCUAUUCCGCAAAAUAGCGGCGGCCUUACCUGGGAUGGAAAGUCUUUCUUCAACAAAACAGGAAGAGAUGGUGGAUGUGAACUUGAAGUCGACCGCCAAUUCAUCCCAAACAGAGCAACAAGGAGGGGGCUGCCCUUGUUGAAGGAAAAAUGCACCAUUUACUAAAAGCGCAAGGGAGAA